CUGAUUUCCGACAGGACGGCGUAUUUAACCCCUCUCAGCUAUGAAGAAAUAUGCGACUCUCGGAGGCAUUCUAGUGCCAGAUCUUUCGCAGAUCUGGCCGAGCUAAUCUGACGCCCACCUACCAAGACCUGGUUGCUGCUCAUAAAUAGACAGGCAUUGCCAUCUCUGUCUCAUUUACUAAAGACGUCCGCUCGCCGCUCGCCGCUAAUUACGAUCAAGCCGCCCGAACUUUGAAGAAACUGUAUCUAAUUGGCAGGCUGAUUCAAAGGAUACUUAGCCUGCUACAUCCCGUGCGUGGAGUUACUAGGUCUGCUGUUCAUAUUAAAAGGAGCUGCGACAUUAGUGAUAGCUCCUCGCAUUUCAGGAGCCUCUAUCGGAUGCUUGUUUCCGUUCAGUGCAAGCCAUGCAAGAUCCCCGCAAUCCGCAGGCGUCGUCCUCAAGACAGACUCAUUCCACUCAUGCCAGAUCCUCGUCGGAUGUACCUUCCCUUCCGAUGGAGAUUUUCCAUCAAAUUUUUGAAAACGUUCCAAGAACCACACUUACGUCGGUCGCACGAACUAACACGUCGUUUAAUGAAGUCUCGGAAAAGUUGAUCUACCGACAUUUGGAGCUCACGACUAUUUCUCAGGCAAUACAGUGCUUCCAAACAUUACAGAAGAAGCCGCAAGCAGCUAAGUCUGUUCGAGAGUUCGUCAUAAUGAUUAGAGACACGAGGAGUUGUGUACAAAACCUUGGCCCUCUUCUCUCUACGGUGCUUCGGUCCAUGACACAGCUGACGUCGCUCCACGUCGCGAUUGAAGGGCCUUAUUUGCCCGCUCUUAAUGGGUGCACAUUUCCCCGUCUCACGACCUUCUCCUCCAUUGCCGAUCUUUCGCCAAAUCCAACACCGCUGGUAGAAUUUUUCAUACGCCAUCCAACGAUAACGUCAGUCUGUCUAGGAGGAGAAACCCCUUCAAACGAUCCCAGCUUGCGAAACGCACCUCCCUUUUCAUUACCUCCGUCUGCCUUGCCUUCAUUGACUUCAUAUAUGGGGUCCAGACGUCUCGCCUCCAUUUUUGUUCCAGGACGGCCUGUAAAGCGGAUCACACUCGCAUGGCACUCGCAGAAUGUUGAGCUUGAAGUCAGAUGCAUUGUCCCUCCUUUAGGACAGGCGUCAGUGCCGGUUGCAAGCUUCAGUGUAGCAACACCUGGGUGGUCACCUAUGCUCAUCCGGGCUCUAGCAAUGUGUCUACCCUCCCUGCAGUCUCUUCGGUUGCACAAUGUUUCUGCGGACUAUUACAACGAAGCUGAAUUAUUUGCAGCACUCACUAGUGUCCUCCACCUCUUCAGCGAUCUCACUCGCCUUGAACUCCCUUGCCACCGGAACAUUCGAUCUGUCCUUGAUGCAGACACAGAGGCUCGUACAGCGAAGCAAUGGUCUGACCUCACACCACGCCUGCAAGCAGUCGUUUUUCCCAGUUCUCGUGCCUGGCACCGGACCGAGAAAGGAGCAUGGGAGCCCGUCUAGGCGCAUGAAUCGAAAUAUCGGCGGCUGCGGAGAGUGCGAAACCGGAUGUUUGGUCACACAAUACGUACUUUCCGCACUCGGAUCUCAGUUGCCAACCGCCCGAGAGCUGUAACGAAAGCCGCACGUCAAGGACAAUAUCAAAUGGCAGCUCGUGUGAUGUGUCCUGAUUUCGG